GGCAUUUUGGUUGUGCUAUGUGCAGUAAGACUUUCAUCCAUAAAGCAAGUCUUCGUAACCACAUGAGGAUACAUACUGGAGAACGACCAUUUACAUGCAAUGUUUGUGAUAAGGGUUUUAUACAGAAGUCAGACCUUAAUAAGCAUGUGAGAAUACAUACUGGGGAGCGGCCUUUUUCAUGUGAUGUUUGUAAAAAAUGUUUCACAGAAAAAGGCCUUCUCAAUAAGCAUAUGCGGAGACACACAGGAGAACGUCCUUUUUCUUGUGAUGUUUGUUAUAAGAGUUUUACUGAAAAAAGUGUCCUUAAUAAGCAUAUGAGAAUACAUACAGGAGAGCGUCCAUUUUCUUGUAAUAUCUGCGGUCGAAAUUUUAUUCAAAAACCAGAUCUUAACAAACACCUAAGGACUCAUUCAGGAGAGCGGCCAUAUUCUUGUGAAUUAUGUGGAAGCAGUUUUUCUCAAAAAGGUACAUUAAACAAGCAUAUGAGGCAGCAUACAGGUGAAAGACCUUACGCUUGCAGUGUAUGUGGUAAGACUUUUAAUGAAAAAGGGACACUGACAGUCCACAUGAUAUGUCAUACAGAUGAACGUCGGUUUCCUUGUUGUAUUUGUGGCAAGAGAUUUCGUCAUAAGAUUACCCUAGUAAAGCAUAAGAGAAUACAUACUGGGGAACGUCCCUAUUCCUGUGAUAUAUGUGGAAAAUGUUUUUCUGAUAAAACUGUUAUCAAUAUACACAUGAGGACUCAUACUGGAGAACGGCCAUUUGCAUGUAACUUGUGCGGUAAAACGUUCACACAGAGACCUGAUCUGAAAAAUCACAUGGCAACUCAUUCUGGAGAAAGGCCUUUUCAGUGUGACUUAUGCGGAAGAAAUUUUGCUCUAAAAAAUAUCCUUAGAAAGCACAAAAGAGUACAUGCAAAGUAUCAAGCGCCUAUUAAGUCAUCUAGCAAUGAUAUCAGUAGAGAACAAAAUCCAAAAGGAGAAAUCAAUAGUGACCCCGCAUUUUCUUGUUUGAAAUGUAAUAAGAAGUUUCCAUGUACAGUCAUGUUUAAUAAACAUAUGGAACAUCAUGCGGUAGGCAACGUGUUCCCUUGUGAUGAAUGUGGGGAGGAUUGCAAUAAUAAAUCUGAUCUCUGGAAACAGGAGUGUAAGCACAAAGCAGAAAUAUCUUUCAUUAAAAUUGAUGAUGAAAAGCAAUAUGCCAAAACUGAAUCUGUUCCUCAUGUGGAUUUACAAAAUGAUUCCAGUGAGGCCUCAACUACAGUUGAUGUGGUUGACAGUCAAAUAUCUCAAGAACAACUUGAAGCCUGUUCAUCAAAAGCUCUGGAUCCUUUGUUAAUUGCCAAAGUAGAAAUGAAGCAAGAAACUCUUGAUAUUCAAGAAAUAUCUGUAAAACAGGAAGAAAUAGAAGAUAUACCUAUGAAACAUCUUUGAGCGAUUACUUACCAUCAUAAACUUCCCAUGUUGGUAUUUAAAAUUUCUUAUUUAAAAUUUCUUUCUCUCUCUCUUUCUCUCAGUAAAAAAGAUUCAUGAAUUUUCCAACAACUAGUUUCCAUCAUAAAUUUAUUUUCACAGAAUUUUUUUUUUUGUCUAAAUCCUGGAAGGCUUAAUCGUUAUGAAAGCAAUUUUAAGGAGCUUAGACUUGAAGUCUUCCAUUAUCAUUCCAAAUCAGGUAUAUACUGCAAAGGGUGAGAUUCCUAUCAACUGAUGAAAGAACCUCAAAUCUUUUGCACUUCCUCUUCGGUAUAAAACUUUGGUCAACAGUAUCCCUUAUAAUUCCUACUAUUGUUUAGGUAUUGGAUAAUUUAUGGCAUUUCCCUUAAAUAUAUAUUAUGUUUCUUUAAAAAUUGCAAGCUUGAUUGUACAUAAUACUGCAAGAGUUCAUGGAUUAUAAUUACAUUCUUUAUGAAAAAAAAAUCUUUCAAAAUAGUGUUAUUUUUCCAUAUAUUAUCUUCAGUAGCGAGCUGUUAGUCAUUUUUCUUAAGUAACUGACCCCAUGCAUUAACUGUGUUUAUUGUAUAUAUAUACACAAAAGUGCACAUGUUUUCCCGCUGAGAGGUUAUAUCAGGAAAAGUACUGCACUAUAUUUAUUACCUUUACUAUAGCAAAAUUAAUUGCAUUGUUAUGUGUAAAAGGUCUCCUGAAUUCAUCCUUUGCACUAAACAACACAGUUUAAAACUAUAGUACAGUACAUGCAGUAUGAAUAAUUGUGAUGACAAGCAAUACAUUUUUAAUACUUUAAUAACAUGUAAACUAAUGUGCUGAAGAAUGAUCAAGAUUAUUUUAUCUGAUGUACAGAGAAAUAAUAUCCCAUCAUUUGAUUAAUGAUUAGAUUUCAACUGCUCUGAAGUAAUAUGACAGACUAUUCUUUUGAUCCUUUCCUGGCUCGUCUUCAUUUGGUAUAGAUCUUUACAUUGUAAGUUAAAGACUUUAUUGUUAAUGAUAUCCAUUACGUGUAUCCAAUGUUUCAAAUUAUGCACAGCAACUGCCACGAAUUAGAAUUCGUAGAGGUUGCUUUGUGUAAUGAGAGAUUACAAAUCAUUCAUAGAAUUUUGCUCUUGUGACUUCAGAAAGGAGAGAGAGCUUAUUGGAUCACAUUAGAACAAAUAUUGUAACAUAUUUGGAAGCUUGUUUAUGUGAAAACUUGAAAAGCAUAUUAAAAGAAGACUUUUUGCAUCUUGUACCAUUUUUUCAUUUUUCAAAUGAAUAAGACUGGAUAAAUACCAAUGUCACAGAUUUUUUUUUAUUACUAUGAAGCAGCAAAGUAUGACAAGACACAUAGGUAUGUUUCAAGGCUUCUUUCCAUUGUUAAAUAUGAGUUUAUCGUGACUGUAUUAUAUGUUGUGGGGAUGCAAUUUGACCAAACAUUUUCUUUACAGAAGCAUUACUGAGUAUUGAUGUAGGAGAACAGAAAAUUCCUUGUGAAAAGAUUAAUAUACUUUGUAUUUUUGAAGCAAUGUAAAUUUUAGUUUUUUUUUUUUUUUUUUUUUUUUUUUUUUUUUUUUUCUAAAGCUUGGUUUACCUGUAACGAUUGUCAUGUCUUGCUUUAGGAAUUUAAUUUACAGUAACUAUAUUUAGCCUAGGUACUAAAGGAAUUUAAUGUGUUUUAUGUUUGAAAUUUGCCAGUUGGCCACCAUAAUUGAGUAUUCUUCCUGCCAAGAGGUGUUGGUGUAGCUGCAAAAUAGCUUUUGUACACUAUAGUAUUUGUUUUUCUGCAUCAUAAACUUAUAGAUUUACAGUGUACAUAUUGUCAAGAAGUGGUAUGGUUGUGGUUAGUCAACAUCUCGAAAAUGGUAUGUUAGAUGGAAAUCGGCACUUAUUUAU